UACUUUGGAGCAUCCUAACAUGGUGUGGGAAGUGAAGACAAAUCAAAUGCCUAAUGCAGUUCAGAAACUCCUUCUGGUAGUGGACAAGAGAACUUCAGGGAUGAAUGAGUCACUGGAGUUGCUGAAGUGUGAUGAAAACCUUCCUUCUUCUCCUGGAUAUGCAUCUGGUGAUGAACACAUGGAACUUGAUGAUCUUCCUGAACUCCAGGCUGUGCAGACGGAUUCUACCCCACCUGCACUGUUUCAGCUUGGUGCCGAUGUUUCACAUCAGGAAUGUUCAAGGCCUUCAUGGAACCAACAUACCUCAAUCAGCAAUUCAGAAAGUGCUUAUUCUUGUGAGAAUGGGGUGAACUGGUUGACAGAACUAGCAAAUAUAGCCACGAGCCCUCAGAGUCCUUUGAUGCAGUGCUCUUUUUAUAACAGAUCAUCUCCUGUUCACAUAAUAGCUACAAGCAAAAGUUUACAUUCCUAUGCACGUCCUCCACCAGGAUCCUCAAAGAAUGAUCCUAACUUCUCCAAGAAUGAUUUGGAUGAAACACCAGUCAGACAUGAAAGGGCAAAUAGUGAAUCCGAAUCUGGCAUUUUCUGCAUGUCAUCGCUUUCAGAUGAUGAUGAUUUAGGAUGGUGCCAUUCCUGGCCCUCAACCAUUUGGCAUUGUUUUCUAAAAGGCUCUCGUUUGUGCUUUCACAAAGGGCACAAUAAAGAAUGGCAGGAUGUUGAAGAUUUUGCAAGAUCUGAAAGCUGUGGAAAAGAGGAGAAUCUCUCAGUGAGCCCUUACAAGGGCUAUGGUUCUGAUGGUUUGAAGUUGAUUUCUCAUGAAGAAAGCGUUUCCUUUGGUGAGUCAGUGCUGAAGUUGACUUUUGAUCCUGGCACAGUGGAAGAUGGCUUGCUUACAGUAGAAUGCAGACUCGAUCAUCCUUUUUAUGUUAAAAAUAAAGGUUGGUCAUCUUUUUAUCCAAGCUUGACUGUGGUACAGCAUGGCAUUCCAUGCUGUGAAAUGCAUCUUGGAGAUCUGUGUCUACCUCCUGGACACCCUGAUGCCAUUAACUUUGAUGAUUCAGGUGUUUUUGAUACAUUUAAAAGUUACGAUUUUACACCCAUGGAUUCCUCUGCAGUUUAUGUGCUAAGCAGCAUGGCUCGCCAGCGCCGCGCCUCUCUCUCUGGUGGAGGAUCAAACAAUCAAGAUGCUGAGAGAUCAGAAAGCAGUAGUAAAAACUGUGUGUCUACUGCAUCAUCCCAACUUUCCUCCAGUUCUUUGUACAGCAAAGCUGGCAAGAGCCACAGCUCAGGGACUGCAAGUACUGUGAGUGCCACUUCUCCAAACAAGUGCAAAAGACCAAUGAAUGCCUUCAUGCUUUUUGCCAAAAAAUACAGAGUUGAAUAUACUCAGAUGUAUCCAGGGAAAGACAACAGAGCCAUAAGUGUGAUACUUGGUGACAGGUGGAAGAAAAUGAAAAACGAGGAGAGGCGGAUGUACACACUGGAAGCCAAGGCCUUGGCGGAAGAACAGAAGCGUUUAAAUCCCGACUGUUGGAAACGAAAACGAACAAAUUCCGGCUCACAACAGCAUUAAGCCAGAACUUUCCUGUUAACUCUGUAUUUGCAAAAUGGCUGUUGCUUGAUGGCAAGAAGAUGCAAGAUCAAGGUCUUACUUUUUGUUGUGACUGUGUGACCAUAAAAUACUGGCACCAUCAAGUUGGAAAUGAUUUAAUAUGAGUGCAGAUUUGCUUUUUACAAUAGAACAUUAAGUAAGCUAAAACUAUCAACAUUUUAAACCAAAUUGCCUUAUUUUUCUUCCAAACUUCAUAUAUGUGUCAGGUAAUAUAGGCUUGAAAAUGGAUAUCCUGUGGUGCUAAAGUACUUUAGAAAGAGGCGAAGGAGACGUGUAUAAAUGUUUAUUUUUAAAAGAAAAUGUACAAAAAGGGGAAUUUUAAAAUAUGUAACAGCUGUUUAUAUACAUUGAUUCUUAUUGCUGAUUAAUAUGUAUUGCACAACCAUAUUAUUAAUUACGAUUCUGGGGCCUGGGAUUUUCUAAAUGUAUUAUCAGCCUCUAGCUUCCCAGCCUGCCCAGAUGCCAACAAGUUCAUGGAACAUGUGGUAAAUGGAGCAUGUAGUGUAAUGUAGCACGGGAGCUGCUGCUUG